AUGUUAUGCGAAGUACCCGACAUAUUUGCUGGUCACAAAGACAGAAAAUUUAAUGGGCGCCGUGCAAGUAUCGAAAUGAUAAUGUCAGGGUCCAGAAUAAAAGCUGCCAAUAACGCGAAUAAAAAAAUUAUCAAGAGAUCAGGACGCCCACAACUUACUAGGUCUCCGCAUAUUCGAGAUUUAAUAAUUGAAAAGAGUGCGAACCAUUUGAAGAGCCCAACUCAGAUCUCUCAAGAACUUGGUAUUCCUAGACAGACAGUCUGUGGAAUCAUCAAGAGGUUCGAAAAGACGGGAACUAUUGAGUACCAGUCAUUAGGUGGUGAUCUUAGAAGUAUCAUCCAGGACCAUCACCGUCAAUUUAUUAUUAAUGCUGUCGAUGAAAACAAUACCAUCACACUAGAGGAGUUAAAAACCAAACUUUUAGAAGAGUUUGACGACAUUCAUAGCAUUAGUACGUCCACUCUGUGCAAUUUUUUAAAUAAUGUUGAAAGGAUUACACUAAAGGGGUCGACUGCAAUGGAAGAGAAGAGAAAUUAUGAAGAGACUCGUCGCAAAAGAAAAAAAUUCAUAUCAAGCCUUCUACGUGAGGGGAUUUUGUACAAUCAGAAUUGUAUUUUUAUCGGCGAGGCAGACUUCAAUAUAUCCAUGAUUAAAGGCCGUUCUCGAUCAAAAGCUGGCUUACCAGCUUUCGUUAAAACCAAAACCAAGAGAGCAACAAGCGUGACAAUGUUAUUUGCUCUUUCAGCAGAAGGCGUUGAAUCCUGCCACGCAAGAGUUGUGAAAGAUGAUACUACAGGCCUAAUUUUUAAAGAGUUUGUCCAGCAGUUAGUCAAGAAGCUGGAUAAUGCGAAUUCUGGUCCUUGCCACUUAGUCAUGGAUAAUGUUAGGAUUCACUGUAAUCUAUCUCUUCGCAACUGGCUGCAAAAAAGGAACAAGCACAAACUCAAGCCUCUUCCCCCUUACUCUUCUUUCUUGAAUCCUGUUGAGGAAUGCUUUUCAAAGCUAAAAAACUUUGUCAAGAAGCACCCUUUGGAUAGCGAAGAAACUUUGUGCGAGAGAAUAAAGUCUAGUAGCUAUGAAAUAACUAGGCAGGAUUGCGAAGGUGCGAGUCAGUGCAUAUCCGAAGCGUUCAAGGAGCUGUCGACGUGUUAUCAAAAUCACAUCGUAGAAAUGUUCGAGGGUUGA